UACUAGAACCAACGAAGUGUUAAAAAUACAUUAACAAAAAUAAUGAUUGGUUGUACAUUGUUCUUGUUAGAAGAAUCUUAACUUUUUUCUUUAAGUAGAAUCAGCAAACGACAAAAUCUUGCACGUCUUGUUCGUGUUAAAGCUAUUAACUGUGGAGAGGUCUCCCGCGGAGCUCCCCCCGAAGCACGGCACCCAAAUAAGCCUAUGAAAUUCUAGUCUCAACAAAUAGUAAAGAUACAGUCACCUGCAUAAACAUCAUGGCAACUCGGGCGAGACCAAGGAAAGAUUCAGAUGCUGACAGUGUUGGUAGUGCAGCAAGUGAACCUGUGAUAACUAGGAGUCGCUCGACUACCCCAUUCACUUUGAGAUCACAAUGUACACGCCAUGGGAGUGAAUGCCCAGAAGGUCAUGGUAUGAACUUUAGAAAUCGCCUAAAAUUUUCUCCCAGAAGCAACAGCAAAAAAUCACCAAGGAAAAAUGUUAUUGGAACCCAUGGAAGUAUAAUAAAAAAUCUUGCCCGUAAUCUUGAAGCACAGCAUCCGUUGGGCCAUCCAGAUUAUCCUGUUUCAUCGAAAACUUCAUCUAGAGAAAAACUUAGGAAUCAUACCAGUGAUUACUCAAGCGCAGAAGAAGAAGAAGCCAGGAGAAAAGAUGACCUUUGUACUACCUCUUCCACCUUUGCCUCCACUCCUCCACCUAUAAAUUUGAAGACUACCCCACUUAAGAGGUCUGCUGAAAAGACAGAUUACACAUAUGCUAAAAGUUACAGCUAUAGGACUAAAGUAACUCCAGAACGAGUAAUCUGUAUGCCAAACAUGACACGGCGUUCAAUUGAAAGAUGCCAUGGUGUUGGUUUCUCUUCACCAGAGUUAAGAUUUGGCUCAGUUGGGAAGUCUGCAGAUAUAAACACCAACUACGCAAAUGGUCAUGAAUCUGACCUUGAAUUAGAUGACAAAGAACCAUACCAGCUGAAGACUCCUCCCAGAACUUAUAGCUCAGCAGCCUACUGCUUUUCAAGUGUUGCCUAUUCUAAAAUGAGAGGAAUGAUGUUCAGCCUUGCAUGGUGGAUUUAUCUCAUCACCUGCUACUCUUUAUUGCUUGAUACUUGUGUUCUUCAAAGUCGAGGAAUAACCAAAUUACGAGAUUUUUGCAGGCAACGAAUCAAGAUAAAUCGAAAUCUGCUGAUGCUUUUCCUCUUUUUGCCGCUCUGCUUCUUUGCAGGUGGAUUGUUGUAUUCUGCUUUGCAUGUCUUCAAUUUCCGCACAGAAGAUAAGCCUCCUAAUACUAAAGUUAAUCCAUUACCAUCGCAAGAAUCGUUUCCUCCCUCAUCCACAUAUUCCAACCUUUUGUUGGAUUCACCGUCAUCUUCAAACCUUUUUCCGCCAUCGUCUUUAAACCCCUCAUCAGAUUCGUCUGCAACUUCAAACCACUUUUCAUCAUCCCUCAAUCCUUUAGUAGAUAUAUCUUCCCCGUCUGUCAGUUCUAUAGUAGAAUUACCACCAUCGACCACAAGUCCCAUUACGGCUCCACUUCAUCUAGUUGAUGAUCCAGUAUUACAAAACAUAAAGAAUGAAUGGAAGUUAACCAAGGAUGCCCUGCUAACUCUAAAGCAAAAGAUCAAUAACUAUGAUGGAAAGAUGUCAGACGUGGUGACGCAAGUUGGUUUAUUUCAGAAGCAGUUGGUUUCUCUUUCCGCGACUCAGGUUAGAGAUCACGCAGCUUCUUCUGAAAUCCUCGAGGGCCUUGUUGACGCUAAAUUGACUAAUUUGAUAACAUCCUUAUCUGAAAAAAAUCGACUAGAUGUGGACAAGAUUGCCGCUACUGUUUCUCUGUUAAAUAAAGCACUAGAAGAGGUAAAAGAAUUGAAAGAAUGGAAACGCGCCGCGGAAGAAAAACAUGAAAAAUGGGAUAGUGAUCUUUCAGAGCUGCAGCAUCGUAUGAAUGGAAUAGGGUCGCUUUCAUCGCAAAUGGGAAUCGGUGUUGAGGAAGCUAUAAAACGAUGGGAACUUAAUUCGAAGCCUGCCUUGAUCCAAAAGAUUAAAGAAGAACUAUUAAACGAAAUUGGUCUCCAAAUAAAACUUUUAAAUGAUGAUUCUGGACAAGGACUUGGCAAAGACGAAGUUGAGCAGUUGAUCCAUUCUGCGCUGGGUGUUUACGAUUCCGAUAAAACUGGGUUAGCAGAUUACGCUCUUGAACCAGCUGGGGGUGUGGUACUCAGUACACGUUGCACUGAAACAUACAACUCUCACCGACCCCGUCUUUCGAUUUGGGGAUUUUCAUUAUGGAGUGAACCUAAUAAUCCAAGAGUAGUGAUUCAACCGGGAAUUGUCCCAGGUCAAUGCUGGUCCUUCCGUGGUUUUGACGGGUAUCUAGUGAUCCAGCUUUCCAGGAAAAUUAUUCCUACGGCUUUCACGCUAGAACACAUACCAAGAAGUUUGGCGCCAGAUGGCCAAAUUGAUUCAGCGCCACGAAACUUCACCGUUUAUGGCCUUACAAAGGAAGUGGACAUAGCCGGCGUGGAACUUGGUCAUUACACUUACGACAAUUUGGGUACGCCGCUGCAAAGCUUCCAAGUGCAGGCGCGCAGUUCCGAAGCUUUCUCCAUUGUUGAACUACGGAUUCAUUCGAAUUAUGGGAAUUUGAAUUAUACGUGCCUUUAUAGGUUUCGUGUUCAUGGCCAAGUAGCCUAGCUCGAUUCAGCUCAACUGAUACGGGACAUCUCAUCUCUGCUAUACUAUUUCAAACUUAUGAAAAAAUUGUAUAAAUAUUUCCGUUUCAUGUUCUGUUGCUAUCGAUAAGUAGAAGUUCCGGUUGUAAGGCAAAAUGCGUUUCGGAACACUAGUCUUUCAAUAAUAUUAAUUACAGGGAUAGAGAUGGUACCGAAAAAAUGUGUUUUGAAUGGUUUAAGAAAUUAACGAGCCCCACGUAUGUUGGUUUUGCCUGUGCUAACAUAGCUUCUCAACGUCUUGUAGUAAUGUGUAUUUAACGUUCUGAUAGGAAAUUUCAAUGUACUAAUCUACAAUAAAAAAAUUAACAUAUUAA